GCAUGGACUCGUCCAGUGAACGAGGGCGCAGGCGCAGAACCUGGAGGAACUGGAAGAACAACAGAAGGUAAAGGGACCUGAAGUAGAGCCAUGCCUCUGUUUGGUAAUGUCUUCAGUCCGAAGAAAACUCCUCCCCGAAAGUCGGCCUCUCUUUCCAGCUUGCACACACUCGAUCGUGUGAGCCGUGAAGUUGAGCUGGGCUUGGAUCAUGGUGCUCCUGUGAUGAAUAUUGGAGGACAGAGCCUGAAGUUUGACAAUGGCCAGUGGGUGUCAGAGUCUGUGGGGGACAGUGGCGUACAGAAAGAGGUUCAGCGCCUGCGAAAACGUAACCAGCAGCUGGAGGAAGAGAAUAACCUUCUCCGACUCAAAAUUGACAUUCUGUUGGACAUGCUGUCUGAAACAACAGCAGAGUCACAUCUGAUGGAGAAAGAGUUGGAGGAGCUCAAGACCCACAACCGUAAGAGAAAGUGACAGACUGUGCAAUGAAACUGACAGAUGCAGUGAGAGCUGUGCAUCACUGGGAGAUGGGACAAAGGACAAGUAGCUGAACAUCAAGAGGAAAAGGUUAAAAUGUGUGCAGUAUCUCUUUGGAGAUACCUGAAUUCUUGCAUUAAAUCUCCAGUUGGGCCUAGGAAGUGGAGUCCAUCACCCAGCAGGCAGCAUCUACUUGCUAAUCCUGCAGGGGAAGGAGAAAGAGACUUUCUGGAGGCAAUUGACUGUCAUAGUUUCACAGAGCUUUCUUUCUAUACCAUCUGUUGAAUGAGUGAUGUGACGUUGCUUUAGGAACCUUAUACCCCACACACUUGUAGCUCAAACUUUCAAGCAACAUUCAACCAGACAACUGUCGAAAACUUUUGAAGCCAACAUCAAAAGGAUUCUGAAUGGACUGAUUCACAGAAGCAUAUGCGUUCGACCCUGUGUUCUAAUAUGUAGGGUUGUGAUGAACUGUUCGUUUCAGACUCCUGGUAACUGUGUAAGACAGAUAUUCAUUGCGAUUGGCCAAUAGUUACACCUUGAAGCUACCCCCCCCCACCCCCAAACCCCCCCCCCAAAAAAAAUUGGGCAGUGAUCCAGUCUUGUAUCUUUCUCUAUUCUCCAUCCUCACCCACGACAGAAGUUUGUUUCGAUGUCUGCCUCUGAAUUGAUAUUUAUUCUAACUUUUCUUGUUCUCAUUAGUUUUCAGCACUUGGCUUUUAAACCCCUCUUCAGCCCAGUGAAACAUUUUCAUUGCAUCCUUUAAUGCUGAGAUUUGUGUACAGGUGUCAGAGACUAAAUUCUGUGGAAAUACUGGAGAAACUCAGCAGGUACGGCAACAUUGGGAGCGAGAAGCAAGAGUUAACAUUUUGAGUCUGAUAUCACUCAUUGGAUUCAAAUCCUUAACUAUUUUCUUGUCCACGGAUGUUGGCAGACCCGCUGAGUAUUCCAGCACUUUAGUUUAGGCUUUCAGCAUUCACAGCACUUUGCUUUUUAUUAAAUUCCCUGAAUCUGAAGAGUGUAUUGAGAUGUUGGUCAUGGCAUAAAGUGUUGCACUGAGAACUGGUGUUCACUUGCUCCUCUGAUCGGGUGAACCGGAAGAAUAAGAGAGAAAGAGGCAGCAUCUGGUCCCUCGAGCCCGUUCCACCGCUCGCUCAAAUCAGGGGGGAUCGGAUUUCUGGCCAAAACUUUGCUUUCCUGCCUGCUCCUCCAUUUCCCUUGCUUCCUCAUUCCACGUCCAAAUUUCCACGGAUGCACACUCUUGUUUCCUCCAAUGAUUUUCUGUAACAGUCAAAACCUAUACAGAACAGAAAAUAUGGACCAAAUUAUCCGUCAACUGAUGCCUUUUAAAGGCCUAGUAUGUUGGGGAUGGGAUUUCUUAAUUUCUGAUCCUGUAAGAAUGGUUCCAGGAUUGGAAGUCAACCAGCACAAAGUAUAACUUAAAGCUUUGUUUCUCUGUAAUUGUUGCUGUCUCUUUCAGUUUGUAAUUAAAACCAAAUGGAUUUCAAAA